UUAAAUCAACCGACCACGACCGGAUCCCAAAUCCCUCGUCUUCAUUCUUCUUCAUCUUCAUUGUUCGGUGACAGAAUCGCCGGAUCGAGUUGAAGGCGGUGGAUUUGGAGCACGCCUGGGGGCUUUAGGGUUUCAGAUCCGCCUUUUGUCGAUCUGUUCCAGGCUGUUGCUCAUGUAUUGUGGUGGCUUUCUGACAUUGAAGUUGAAAGACAAAAAACAUGGCAAAACCUGGAAUUGGUGGCCGCGGUACCCUUCCUAGAAAAUCAAAUGAGAGUAUGAGGAUUAUUAUUUCAACUGUCAUCGGAGUAGUGUUUGGAUACUUGAUUGGCAUUUCCUUUCCAACAGUUAGCAUAACAAAGCUUCACUUUCCUCCUAGCAUUAUAUCUUACAUUGAAGAUAGGAACUCAGGCAUCACGACCCAAACUUUAUUGAACCAUGCUUUGACAAAGAUGAGAAACAACUCUACAUCAAACUCUACUGAUGCUUUAAAGAUUUAUGUUCCAACAAACCCCAAAGGUGCUGAGAGAUUACCACCUGAGAUAGUUGUGCCUGAAUCAGAUUUUUAUUUACGCAGAUUAUGGGGAAACCCAGAUGAGGAUUUGACCAUACGGCAGAAGUAUCUUGUGACAUUCACUGUUGGAUAUGAUCAGAAAAAUAAUAUCAACGCUGCAGUUAAAAAGUUUUCUGAAGAUUUUACAAUAUUGUUAUUCCAUUAUGAUGGCCGAACUUCUGAAUGGGAUGAAUUUGAAUGGUCAAAACGAGCUAUUCAUGUAAGUGUCAGGAAACAAACAAAAUGGUGGUAUGCCAAAAGGUUUUUGCACCCUGAUAUUGUGGCGCGAUAUGAGUACAUAUUCAUAUGGGAUGAAGACCUUGGGGUCGAGCAUUUUAAUGCUGAAGAGUAUAUUAAAUUAGUCAAGAAGCAUGGGCUAGAGAUUUCACAGCCUGGUUUAGAGCCUAACAGUGGUCUAACUUGGCAAAUGACAAAGAGAAGAGGUGACCGUGAAGUCCAUAAAGAAACAGAGGAAAGACCAGGCUGGUGUUCUGACCCUCUCUUGCCCCCAUGUGCAGCAUUUGUAGAGAUAAUGGCAACUGUAUUUUCUCGGGAUGCAUGGCGAUGUGUCUGGCAUAUGAUUCAGAAUGACUUGGUUCAUGGAUGGGGCCUUGAUUUUGCACUUAGAAAAUGUGUAGAGCCUGCUCAUGAGAAAAUAGGAGUUGUAGAUGCUCAAUGGAUUGUUCAUCAGGUGGUUCCUUCACUCGGGAACCAGGGUCAAGCAGAGAACGGCAGAGCGCCAUGGGAAGGGGUGAGAGAGAGGUGUAGAAAAGAGUGGGGUUUGUUUCAAACCCGAUUGGCAGAGGCCGAGAAGGCAUACUACAUCUCCAAGGGCAUCACUCCCCCAAACUCAACGCUUGUUUAGAUUAAUGCGUCAUAGCAGGUUUUGCCUGGGUUUUAUCGGAUUAGUAGAGUAUUUGUUACAUCUUCUCGUGUAGAUAGACGUGCUAUUUUAUAUUGAUCAUCCAUUUUUUGAAUUUUAUCCUAUGUACCAUUGUUCUUUCUA